GCCGCUUAGCGCCGCUGCGGCAGACUAGCUUUCGGAGCCUGGCAGCCGUGGAUAUUGAUGCAAUGACAGACUUUGAAAAGAACCUUCAUCGGCACACGAUUUCCCAGUUGCACAAUUCUGCUGCUGUUGGAGAUGCAGUCAAACUGAAAACAUUGCUCAGCAUUUAUCCAUCACUCAUCAAUGCCACUGCAGAUAAUGGCUGGACAGCCCUGAUGUAUGGUGCCAGAAACGGACACCUUGAGGUCAUACAGAUUCUUCUUGCAGAAGGGUGUGACAGGACCAUUGUUAAUAAAUCAAGGCAGACAGCUCUAGACAUUGCUAAAUUUUGGGGGUACAAGCACGUAGCUAAUUUGUUGGCUAAUGUGAAGGGUGGGCAGAAGCCUACUUUUCUGUCAAAUGAAGCAGAGGAAUAUGAAAAUUAUUUUGCCUUGACACUUCUGGACAGAAGGAGUGAUAAAAGAACAGAUACCAAGUGGCUAAGCAAAAAACAAAGCCAUCCAACUACAGUGUACAUUCUCUUCUCAAAUCUAAGUCCUUUGGUGACUUUGGGUGGGGGAGCUGAGAGCUCUCAGCAGUCAAAAGUAAAGCUUUGCAGGCUAUGCCACAAGGAUGUGGAGCAGUACAUGAACCAAACUGAAGAUACAACCUUGAUUUUUCUGGGAGUUGAACUUCAGUUCCCCAUGAGCCUGCUGGCUGCUUGCAAUGGAAGAAUUCUGCAAGAGGAUGAAGAGGAUGGAUUAGUUGCUUGGUUUGCUCUUAGCAUAGAUUCUGCUUCAGCUGAAGAAUUUAAACAGAAGCAUGAGGACACUUAUUUUCUUCACCCACCAAUGCCAGCACUGCUGCAGCUACCUGAAAGAGAAGCUGGAGUAGUAGCCCAGGCUAGGUCUGUUCUAGCAUGGCACAGCCGCUACCGAUUCUGCCCAACAUGUGGGAGUGCAACCAAGACUGAAGAAGCAGGUUACAAGAAAACUUGUUUAAAAGAAGAUUGUCCCAGUCUCCAAGGUGUUCACAACACAUCAUAUCCAAGAGUUGAUCCUGUUGUAAUAAUGCAAGUCAUCCAUCCAGAUGGCAACCACUGCCUUUUAGGCAGGCAGAAGAGGUUUCCCCCAGGAAUGUUUACCUGCCUUGCUGGAUUUGUAGAACCUGGUGAAACAAUAGAAGAUGCUGUCCGAAGAGAAGUAGAAGAGGAGGCUGGAGUCAAAAUUGGCCAUGUUCAGUAUGUCUCUUGUCAGCCGUGGCCAAUGCCCUCGUCCUUAAUGAUUGGCUGCUUAGCUGUUGCAGUGUCUACAGAAAUUAAAGUUGACAAGAAUGAAAUAGAGGAUGCCCGCUGGUUCACUAGAGAACAGGUUGUGGAAGUACUUGUCAAAGGAAACCAGCGGUCAUUCUUUGUACCACCAAGUCAAGCUAUUGCGCACCAGUUGAUAAAACAUUGGAUUGGAAUGAAUGCUAAUCUUUAAUUCUAAUAGGUGAUUUAUUGCUGGUAUGUUCUGAAUGUUCGAUUUGGCCUUUUCUGUCCUCCACUGGAAUGAGUCGCAGCAUUACAAAAAGGCCUGACCUUGCCUUCUGUUUGAACACUAUUUAUGUCCUCUUAUUUGUUUCAUUCUCAUUUUUUCCUAUCCUUUAAAUUCUGCCUGGCACGAAAAUCAACAUUCAGUGCUGAAAGUCAUAUCAACUAUGAUUAUUUUUAAGUUAAUGGCAUACUUAAAUGGUGAAUAUGUAGUACUUUAUAUCUUUUAUGUCAGUAACCCUUUAAGAGUAUUUAUUUACUCCCCCUGUUUGAUUUAGCCUCUGCUUACCCAAUUGUACAUCAGCCUGAAUUUAAAAGUGUAACACAGUAUUCUGUUUAUGAAAAAAUAGUGGAGAGCCAUCUUCAAAAGCCUAAAUAUUAGGUAUUUUUAUAAGAGAAUAAUGUGCUUACUAACCCUAAGCAAUGAAUUAUUUAAUUCUCUAAUAAUUGGAAAUGUAAGAGUAGUAGAGGAGAAAAGUAGAUUAGUUAAACAAUUCAUAAUAUUUCAAAAUACGUAUAGAGUUCUUUCAUGGAAAUGAAGAUACUAAGAUUGUUACUGUUAGGAAUUUUACAGUUGAAAGAAAUAUAUUAACCCCGUCUCUAAGACUGGGAAAGCGACAUAGAAAUUAAAAUAUUUACUUAUUUAUAUUUAAUACUACAGUUCAAAUCUGUGCCUUAAUUUAUUGUGUUAUCGAAUGUUAAUAUUCUUUCAAAAUGGAAGGUUAGAAAAGUAUUAUUAAUUUUGUUAUGUAAUGGUUCACUACUCUGUGAUUAUGCAUUCAUUGCAGUGAUAAAAUGCAAAUGAAUGAAAGGAAAUACAAUGAUAGUCGUAAAUAUUAUGGUAAUUGGUUUAUUCAGAGUAAUUUGAAUGUUUUUAAU